UCCAGGCUAGACGUUGUUUUGAUCCACUCAAUCAUCUAUCUGUUUUCCUUAUUAUUUCUGUUUUAUGGUUUGUUCUUUUCGUUAAACGUGUUUUUCUAUCUGUCUUUGCGACACGUACGGCGAGCAAGUGACACGCAAACUACCAUUUUGUCAGUGAAUUGUGUACGUGUUGUUUACAGGCAAUUCUUAGUGCCCGGUACGAGAAUAAAUAACUAGCCGCAGCGCCUCUGAACUAUGACUUGGUGGCUGCUUCUGCAAGUAGCGGCGUUGCUUGCUGCUGUGGUCUUCUCCUACCUCUGGUAUUCCUUCACGUACUGGAAGAGACGUGGCAUGCCUUACGUUACGAUGCAUUUUCCGAUGGGGAUAGUGUGGGACGUCAUUUGCCAGCGGAAGAGCUUCGCCGAAGCAUACGAAGGCCCGUACAAGUUGUCCGACCAGCCGGUGGUGGGGUUCUUUGAGCUGCACAAGCCCGUCUUGAUGAUCCGGGACCCGAAUCUCAUUAAGGAGAUCCUCAUUCGGGAGUUCCCCAGCUUCCACGACAGAGGGCUGUUCAUUGACGAGAAGGUGGACCCGCUGUCCGCCAACCUGUUCUUCCUGAAGGGCGCGCGGUGGCGCGACCUGCGCGCCAAGCUGACGCCCACCUUCUCGUCGGGCAAGACGCGGGCGAUGCUGCCGGCGGUGGCCGCGUGCGGCGCCGAGCUGUGCGCGCUGCUGCGGGCCAGCCCGGGGGGAGUCGCCGAGGUCCAGGACGCCGCGGCGCGCUUCACCACCGACGUGAUCGCGACGUGCGCCUUCGGCGUCCAGGGCCGCAGCCUCGCCGAGCCGGACUCGGAGUUCCGGCGCUGGGGCCGCAAGUGCUUCGAGCCGAGCGCGGAGGUGGUGCUGCGCAACGUGCUGGCCUUCGUGCUGCCGGCGGCGUGCUCGCUGCUGCGCGUGCGCACCACGCCGUCGGGCGUCACCGGGUUCUUCCGCCGCCUCGUGGCCGAGGCCGCGGCGCCGCGGCGCUCGGGGGCCGUGCGGCGCGCCGACUUCCUGCAGCUGCUGGUGCAGCUGGAGGGCGCUGCCGGCGCACCAGGUCUGACCGACGACGAGAUAAUGGCCCAGGUGUUCAUUUUCUUCCUCGCCGGCUUCGAGACCUCGUCGACGGCCAUCACCUUCUGCCUGUACGAGCUGGCCUUGAACGGCGACGUGCAGGACAGGCUGCGGUCCGAGGUGGAGGCGACCCUGGGGGCGCACGGCGGGCGGCUGACGCACGAGGCCGUGCAGUCCAUGGAGUACUUGGACAUGGUGGUGUCAGAGACGCUGCGCAAGUACCCGCCGCUGGCGUUCCUGAACCGGGAGUGCACGCGGACGUACCGCAUGCCGGGCACGUCCUGGCACGUGGAGCCGGGCACCAGCGUGGUGGUGUCGCUGCUGGGCCUGCACAGGGACCCGGCCCACUUCCCCGACCCGCUGCGCUUCGACCCGGAGCGCUUCUCCGAGCAGCAGCGCGGUCGCCGGCCGAGCUGCGUCUACAUGCCGUUCGGCGAGGGACCCAGGGCGUGCGUGGGUAUGAGAUUUGGCCUCAUGCAGGUGAAAGUAGGACUCAUACUGCUGCUGGAAUCUUUCGUUUUCCGACCGUGCGAGCGCACGUCGCAGCCGAUGGUGUUCGACCCGAAGUCGUUCUUCUUGGCGCCGUCGAGCGGGAUGUGGCUGCACCUCACGCCGGCUAAAUGAUUCACCGUGCGUUGUGAAGAUCGCGCCACUUGUACUGUAGUUCACGUUUACCGUAUAGAUAGCAGGCUGGUACUAGCAGCCAUGGCAAAGAUCUAGACUUCACAGUAUUGUUCGAUCGUAAUUGGAAGGGAUCUAGGUUAAAUUUUUGCCAGCGUACAGUUUCAACAGUCUAUAUAACCAUCACGAUGAAAACAAGUUUAACAUUAAAUUCAAUGUAAACCAUAUCUUACAGGUUAACUCAGUAAAAUUCUUAGGGGUAUAUAUUGAUGAGCAAUUAAAAUUUACGGAACACAUAAAUAAUAUUGCGAAAAAAUUAAAUUCAGUCUGCUAUGUCUUGAGGUAGGUAUCUUGUAGAAUUAGUCGAUUUAAAAACAAUUAAAACUGUGUAUCAUGCAUAUUUCCAUACAAUCAUGUCAUACAAUAUUGAAAUCUGGGGAAAUGCCAAACCAAGCGGAAAUAUACAAAAAUUGCAAAAUAAAAAAAAAAAGCCAUUCGAAUAAUAACUAAAGAUAAAAAAAUGUCUAGUUGCAGAAAAAAAAAUUAAAAAAAUUAGGAAUAGGCUACUAACAUUUACAAAUAAAUUCAUAUACAGAACAUUAAUUUUCUGCUAUAGACACCAAACCAAAUUUAAAAGAAACAAAGAUGUCCAUCAAAAUAAUAUUCGAGGCUGCAAUAAAUUGAGACCCAUACAACACACCACUACUCAAUUUGAGAUAGGAAUAGAGCACAUUGGCAGAAUACUAUUUAAUAUCUUACCUUACAAAAAUGCAAAUCAGCAACAUAGACAAAUAUAAAACUUCCAUAAAAAAUACACUUGUAUGCAAUCAAUUUUACAAUUUAAAAUAAUUGAUGGAGUAUACUGCUGAAAGAGGGGAAGCAUUCUGGAACCGCCGGACUCCCUUGUAUAGCAACAAUUCCUAACAACAAUAUCCUAAUACCUUAAAUCCUGCUUAAUUUUUUAUUACUUAAUAAAUAUAAGAAAUUUCUUGACAUGUCAUGUCUAUGGGUAUGUAUAAAAGAAAUAAUGUUAUAUUUGUAAUUCAGAUUAUCUGAAAUUUUUUUAUUACUAUUUGUUUUACUACAAAGUUAUGUGUAUGUAAAACUAUGUGUGUAUGUGUAUGUAAAACUG